GGCAGCGCCCGGCUCCGGGCGUCUCUUCGCUGGCCCACUGUCCGCGCCGACCCUGCCCCAGCCGAGAGCACCUGCGCGGCAGGCCCGCAGCUGGCAGCCUCGCGCCCCUCACACGGCCGCGAGACUCGGAAAUCUUUCUAGGUGCAGUGAGCAAGACAGAAGAACCGCUUGGGCUGGUAAAGCCAUCUGCCAGGCACUACUGCCACCAUGCCCAAGAGAAAGGCAAAAGGAGAUGCUAAAGGUGACAAAGCAAAGGUGAAGGAAGAGCCACAGAGGAGAUCGGCACGGUUGUCUGCUAAACCGGCCCCUCCAAAACCAGAGCCCAGGGCAAAAAAGGCGCCUGCAAGGAAGGGAGAGAAGCUGGCCAAAGGGAGAAAGGGGAAAGCAGAAGGCAACAAAGAUGGGAACAACCCUGCAAAAAACCGAGAUGCCUCCACAGUCCAGUCACAGGAAGCAGAAGGCACCGGGGAUGCCAAGUGA